CGGGUUUAAAUGCGGCAAUAAGAAAGCAAGGUUCCUUCUUGCGAAAUGACCAAAGGGCUAAACCGCGUGUUGAAUUUUUCUCUCUCUGUGAUUAGAGAGUCUUACCAACUAAGGAUUCCCAAACACGCUAACCAAUUCGGUCGUCAAAAGUUACCAUUUCGGCGCAUAAAAAGAGCAAAUAAGCUUCCUCUGCUUGUUUGUUUCCUAUCUCUUGAAUCUUCUCCUCUUCUCUUCUCUUCUCUUCUGUGAGCCACUGCCUCAUCCCGCUAAAAUCACUAGCAGAAGCCAAGCCAGGAGGAGGAGCUAAGUAAGCAGCAGCAGGCAUGGGAAAGAAGCUUGAUGCUAUUCUUGGAAGAACCUUCAAGACCUCAAAGUUCAUACCACUCGCCCAUCUUGCUACCUCUCGCCUUGCAGUUUUCAAGAACCAACACCAAGUCAGGUGCAAUCAAGCUCGCUCUGAUGUGCUUCAGCUUCUUCAACAGGGCCACCACGAACGUGCUCUUCUUCGUGUUGAGCAAGUGAUCAAGGAGCAGCAUUUGUUGGACGUGUAUGUUAUGAUGGAAGGAUACUGCAAUCUCUUGGUUGAAAGGGUCCACCUCAUUGUCCAGGAGAGAGUGUGUCCUGAUGAAUUGAAGGAGGCAGUGUCAAGUUUGUUUUAUGCAUCUACCAGAUGCGGAGAUUUCCCUGAGCUUCAAGAAAUUCGCAAAGUUUUUACUUCUUGGUAUGGGAAGGAAUUUGCUGCUCGUUCUAUUGAAUUGCGAAAUAAUUGUGGAGUCAAUCCUAAGAUGAUACAAAAACUGUCAACCAGGCAGCCAAACUUGGAUAGCAGGAUGAAGCUCCUCAAGGAGAUUGCCUCAGAGAACAACAUCGUUGUGCAACUUGAGGAAGCCUCUGACACAAAUGAGGAAAAAAUGGAAGUCAGCAAGAAGCAGAACCAGCAUGAGCACAAAAUGUCAACUAAUUCAGAUAGUUCUAAGCUGGUUUCACCUGAAGAGAUGGAAAAAGUUGCCUUGAAUGAUUCAGUUAAGGCAAAGAAAAACUAUAGGGAUGUAUCUGAUGCUGCUCAAGCAGCUUUUGAGUUAGCUGCCGAUGCAGCAGCUGCUGCAAGAGCAGCUGUGGAACUCUCUCGAUCUGAACCCCAUGAUCCUGACAAUCAUAACAGUCCAGGUAAUCGAGGAAAAAAAGUAACAGAUAAAGAUGAGUCCAUGAAACUUGAAUCUGAACAAAAAAAUCACGUAUUCCAUCAUGGAAAUGAGGGCAAAAAGUUGGAGGCUAAUGAUUCAGCAGAACAGAAGGGGUUAACGUCCACUGCAACUUCAAAUUCAGGUCCAACAGAAGAAGGUUUGAGGGUAUAUUCAAUGUCUCUAGAUGCAGAGCACCUAGUCGAGCAAUUGGAGAAGGAUAUAGUUCUUGAUGAGAGUGAUGAUGAAACUCAUGAUCUGGGUUCCAAUAUAAAAUCCGGCAAGAUCAAAGGAGAGAUCAAAGCAGCUGAGAAGAAAAUCCCUUCAAUCAUCCAAGCUGGUCUGCACAGAGAGAAGGGACCAAUUUCUGUCAGGACCAGAGGAUUGCGUGGCUACUGAAAAAAUAUAGGCAUAUUUUUGUGAGUUUUGCUGAUGGAAUGUCUUUUUUGUUCCCUGCCAUUUUUUGAAUGUAAUUUUUUUAAAAUGUUGAAAAUUUUGUGAAGUUGAAAGAGUAAAUAUAAGAUGAAGUGUGUUAAACGUGUA